AGCGACAGCAACAGAGACAGCGAAAAUAGCAACAAAAUGUCGAAAAACUGUUGAGCGGGCAAAAUGGACGCGGCCGCCAUGGCCAUUGCAGUGGGCAGCAGCAACGGCAGCAGCAGCAGCAGCAGUGCCAGCAGCAGCGGCUACGGCAGCGCAACAACAACACCAACAACACCGGGACAAUACGAGGGAACGUUGACGGCGACGCCAAUGGCGACGAUUGCCACUGUGGCGCCCUUCUACAGUGAAGCCCUAACCAGUCUGGAUGCACAGCAUCGACAGCAGCAGCAGCAACAGCAGUUGCAGCAACAACAGCAGCAGCAACAUCAACAGCAGCAACAACAAUCGCAUUUUUAUCAUCAGAAUUAUAAUUACGGCAUGGAGGCGUACAAUUACAGUGCCUACAAUUAUAAUGUGCCCAGUGCACGCUACGAGAAGCUGGCCAAGUACAACAACAGCAAUAUCAGCAGCAGCAACAACACUCUCAGCAGCAGCAGUAGCAGCAACUCCCUCAGCAACAGCAACAACAAUACGCUCAGCAACAACUCGAAACCACAGGCAGCUGCCACGCCUUUUUAUGCCCAGCCCCCACAAACGAUACCCUAUGAAGCCUACAAAUACAAGUUACCGCAGCAACAGUUGCUGCCGGCACAGCAUCAAACACAACAGCAGUAUCAGCAACUGGGCAUGGGCAUGAAUAUGGGAAUGGGCGCAGCAACAACAGCAGCCCAGAAGCAGCAACAGCAACACCAGCAACACCAACAGCAGCAGCAGCAACAACAACAGCAGCAGCAACAGCAACAGUUGUUGCCGUUGGAGCCAAGCUAUGCUGCAAUUAAACCAAAUAGUCGCUAUCCGAAUGUGACGCCAAGUGUCUACGGCAGUCCAGGAGCAACAGUUGCAGCUGCAGGUGCAACAAUUGUAGCCGGACAAGCAGCAACCGUUGCCGCUGGCGGCGCCAAUAGUCACGCCUACUAUGAUAAAUACGCCAUGUCUCUAUAUCCGCCCAAUUUUGCGACAGCUGCGCCGCUUUACAGUCCGCCGGAAGAAUCUGCUUAUCGCAAAUCUUCUGGCAGUGGCAAUUGUCACUGGAGUCUCGACUACAGCACCAGCAAUUGUCAUGCGCUGCCGGGAACAGCUGGAACGGUGGGAAAUGCAGCUGCAUCUUCAGGGGUCUAUCAUCAUCCGUCGACAACGGUUGGUACACAUUCAGCUAUGCCUUCCAGCAAUGAGUUGUAUUACAAAUAUGACAAGUAUGCCACGCCUACAGCCUACGGCGGCAGCAAUCUCUAUCAGGCGAAUCUCUCACAGAGCUACGUGGGGCGUGGCAUGUGGCCGCCUGUGAAUCCUGCAGAGAAUUCACAGCCCAGCUCAAGACAAAGCUGUUGCACCCAAGGAUUUCCUCAACAGAGUUGUUAUUAUCCCCGAAGCAAUGGCUAUGGCACUGUGGCGCCACCUACAUAUCCGGCUGGCAGCACUGGUAGCUCCCUCAAGCUCAAGCAUCCGACUGAUCUCUACACGAAUUACGAAUUGCCGCCUGUCCAGCGAGGCAGUUAUGCCUAUGGACAGCCAGGAGGAGGAGGAGGAGUAACAGGUGGUGGAGUAGGCGUAGGCGGUAUCUCAACAGCCACGCCCCCAAGCAACAACAGUCAGCGUUAUGUGCCACAAUUGAAUUUGGGUCUCGAGGCGAAUGUCAGCACCGCUUACUACAAUGAUCUCAAUAGCUUGGACAAUUAUGGAGCGCAUCGCACACAACCUUAUCCUACGCAACCACAUGAUAGGGUGGGUUAUCAAAAUCAAGCCUAUUCCAACCAACCAUCCUCGCUGGAGUAUCAGUACCGCAAGCGGACUGUGACGCCCACAGUAUCUGCUAACAAUUGUUACCUAUCCCAGAAUAAUUUGGGCAAUCUGGAGGCACAUGUGGGCAACUAUGUGGGCUACGAUCUUCAUGCUACCGCAUCAGCACAAGUGCUCAAGACGCAAGCUCCCAGUUCGCAUAGUUCCAACAUACGUGAAUUUCUCUCUAGCUGGAAUGAUGAUGAGGAGGAAUUGCCCGUUUCGCAGUCCGUAGCUGUUGUGGCACCAACUCCAAUUGCAACUCCUGCUGUACACUCCAAUUUCAUGUAUGAAACACUGGCGCCAGCUGGUCCAGUGGCCACCGCUGUGUUGGAUGCUCAGGUUAGCGAAUUAAAUCUGCCCGACAUCAUUAUCGAUCAUCAUGAAAAGUCCAGCGUCAGUUUGGAAAAUUUGGCGCCCAACGUGUCGCAUGUGGAAGAUUCGUUUGGCAGUUUCGAUGUGGAAAAGGAACUCGACGAGCUGCGUCUCAAGAAAUGCAAUCCAGGAGAGCAGCAAGCUGUCGAAAGCGAUGCUCUGGAGGAGAUACUAAGAGAACCUGUGGUCACAGAGCAGGAAGUAGCUCCAAUUUCACUGUCCCUACCGCUGACUAGUCCCAUUCCGACUGAGCUGACGACUCAGCCGGAGACCAGCAUUGAGUUUGAUCAGGGCACAAGCAAUUCGAAUGAGUCCACAUUUGAGAAGGAGUACGAGACUUUUAUACACAAGAUCGGCAGCGAUACGGAGAUGAAUUCCCAGGAUGACAGCGAGUAUCGGGAGCAUGCAAGACGCUGCAAGUUCUCAAAGCGCAAGAGAAAGUCGACAGAGGAGGUGGAAGCAGUAACAGACUCACAGUCGCCUGUGGAGCAGAUUGAAGCUUCAGUUCCUGCUUUAAACACGCCAAUUUCCACUCCAAAAACCUCUGCUCGAGACAGUCGCAAGUUGUUGGCGCGUCGACGUCGCAAUCGCAUUAAAAUGUUAAAGAUACUCGAAUUCGAGAGUCCCAAGAUUAAGCAUCGUUUCUAUUUUCGCACUUUGAAGUUGCUGCGUCGCAGAUUUGCGCAAUUUCAAGUGCGGGAGCAGCGAUUGCAGCGUUGGAGAAGACAACUGUCCCUAAAAAAGGAGCGUCAUCUGCCUCUCAUCAAGCGACGAUCGGUUAUGCAGUAUGCCCAAAAGGAACAGCUGCAGACUAUCCCUAGUCUCAAGGGUCUCAGUGAUUCUGCGCUUCGAGCGAAGACGGAGACGGAGACGAGUUCAGGACGCGAGACGGUCAUCAAGAGCGUUCAUGCUGUGAGAGAGAGCAAAGACUGUGCGCCUGGCAAGCCGGAGAUAGAGGAGGAGAAGUCAAGGGAGUCGACAGAUCCCUCGAAGACUGAGCUGCUUUCGGAGCAGCACAACUCGGACUCUAAUCACACGCAGUCUUUACAGUCCGUGGAACUCUUGGGCAGCUUCAAGGGCUUCGAUGAUGUGGAAAACACAAAUCUAUCGCCCAUGACCAAGCUGCGAGUGGAGGAGCCUGAAGUGGCAGCGGUAGCCGUAACCGAAGCAGCUGCUCCCAUUUCCCUGGAGCAGGUUAAGCAAUCGAAGCAGCUGGAGAUACAAAGAUGGCUGAGCAACAGCAUGGAGGAUCACGCCAUUGAAAAGCAACAAACGGAAGUAAAUGAAUCGGAAGCCGUCACAACUGUAAUCAGCUUAUCCUCAUCAUCCUCCUCCUCAUCUGCGAGCUCUUCGAGCUCAGAGGGGAGCAGCUCCAGCGAUGACUCGGAUUCGAGCAGCAGCGAGGAGAAGAUGGAGAAUGGAGUAAGUAGCUCGAGCAGCAACACAUGUUCUGGCGAGGAAAGCGACUUCAAUGAGUUGGCUGCACUGCAAAAGGAGCUUUCCCAGCAGUCGGAAAAUGCGCUGAAGUCAACAGCAGACUUACCAGCAAUACAGGAUGAAGGUGUCCUGGAAAAGGUGUCCAACAACGACAUUGCCAAGCUCAAACAGAUACUUGAAAGUGAUGGCGAUGGCGAUGAGGAGUUGGAGGCGAUAUCAAAGCCACAAUUAGAGGAAAUCCAACUGGAGAGCCGAAUUGUACCAAAGCUAAGUGACCUUAGUAAAAUUGCCUUAAAUAGUUCCUUAAAAAGUAGCGACUUAGACAUAAGAAGCCCCCACGAUGGGGAUGUUAUCAAGUUGGAGGCUCCAACCAGAGAAUUGAGUGUGGAGGAAGCCUUGGCUGAGAUGUAUCAGCAAAUUGGUGUCGCCUCCGAUGCGGAGGAAACGGAUGCACGCAAGCAUAUGGAGGAAUCAGCAGCCGGACAGGAUGUGCUCAUCAAUCUAGCGGAGAUCUUUGACAACAACAGCAGUGAUCUUUAUGUGGUGCAAUGUGACAUGAAUGAAAAUAUACUGGGCGUGGUCAAUGGUGAACAAAACGAGCUACAACAACAACAGCUAAUUGAGCUAUUAACCGAACCGGAGCCAGUUGAAGAACAGGACGAAAACGAUGAAACUGAGCCACAAUUUGAUGGCACGCCUCUCAUCCAUCACGAGGAAAUUGUGCCGCCCGAGAAUUGCAAGAUCUUUGAGAGACGUCGACAGUUGCUCAAGUAUCUGCACUCCAAGUACGUGCAGGGCAACAUCAGUCGCUUCUAUCACGCUCAGCGUGUUCUCAAGAAGUACAAGAGGUACAGGAACCGCAGGUUCAGUUCCCUAAGUCCCCACUGUCCAGAGUUCAGAGUUCCAGCCAGAGCUGGGAAUUGUCUUUAAGCUUUUUAGCAAGAAUCUUUUAACGACAAAUAAAUAGUUAUUUUUAUUAACUACAAUUUUACCAGCACUAUAAA